GUUAUCAAACUUCGGAGAGGCAAUGCUCGUGAAAUCAUAUGGCACUGAUUCAACCGAAAGCUUCUCACUUAAUACUGAGUUUUGGGAAUCAAGCUUUGCUAAAGAGGAUGUCUAUUGCUUUGGAAUUUUGCUUCUUGAGCUGAUCACUAGAGAGGAUCCUAGAGGCAUGACAACAAACUCAAACACUAGCAAUGAGACACUCAACAAUUGGGUUACACUUCUCUCUGCAAGCUCUAAUUUCUAUAGCAUUGUUGAUAAAUCACUGAUGGGGCAAGGAUUUGACCAGGAAAUCUUUCAGUUUCUGAAGGUUGCAUUGGAUUGUGUUCAACCAUAUCCAGAUCAAAGGCCAACAAUGCUUCAAUUGUACAAAAAACUAGCUGCUAUUGGUAAGAGACACGGCCUCUCAACUGACUCUGAGGUAUUGACACACCCUGGAGAAACCUCAACACUCAAAAGAGAUGAAUGCAAUGAAGAUGAAAUCGUAGAGGUUUAAAGACAAAGUGCAUUUAUCAUACCAUUAUAGAUAUAGCAAUACUACUAGUCUCAAGUUGUGAGGAGAGUUUUUUUUUUUUUUUUUCUCUUCUCUUUGUAUAAGUAGCAAAUGUUAGAACUGUAGCCUGUUUUUCAAGACAUCCUGAUCCUAACAUUAAAAAUGUCAUGGUUCAUUUAUGAUAUUUAAGUCUUUCUAAUUACCGAAACUUCCUGAUUUUCUGCUAUCUCAUAUACUAAUAUAACUAUUUCUCUUCAAAUCUAACCGAAUUGAAUUCAACGAACAACAUAGACUAAUUUGCCUAAAAGGAAAGAGUAAAAAUUGAAAUUUGGAGAUUUUACCUCUUCCCCAAGCAACUUGAUUUUGGAAGGAGAAGGAGUCCCCUCCAAUCUUCUCAUGUAAGCACAGCUAAAGGAGAUCUUGGGAUCCUUCUCCAUAAUUGCGAACAAUCUUGGGUGGAUUUAGGAAGAAACGUUAGGGAUUUUU